GGUCGGGCAGGCGAAAGACGCUCCUUAUAAAUGUGACAAUUCAUUCGUACAUUACUUUAAGGAUUUCUGAAGGAGAGUAAAGAUAUUCGACAACAGCGAAAGGAGCGACAUAAAACUGACUGGAAUUAUGAGAUGCGAGGCGAGCGAGCAGCCAGCCCGUGCGUAAAAUGGAUACUACUCAGACCUUCUGAAGGGUUGCUGCCACAGUUGUUUCCAGGGCUCCUCCACUAAAGAAGACACUGAGCAGGCCUAUGGAUUUAUACCACAGCACAGUCUAGAGUCUCAUAUUCACACAUUGCUUUGGGCCAUUUUAAGUGUCACCCCCUUUUCCAGUGUUGGUAAGUCCACCACCCUCAGUGAAAGAUGGAGGAGAGAGUCCCAUGGUGGAGGGCGUUUCUGGUGAAGAGGAAGAGUGGAGGGUCCAAGGACACAAACGCGUCCCCCAGUCUUGGACCCGACUUUGACCCUUUUGCACCAAAACCCGAGAAGCCAAAAGACGCCAGCGCCACCUCCAAGACUCCCGGUGACCAAUCCCUGUCUCAGGCCCGGCCGGGACAGUCAGAGCCCAUCAACAACACCAGUCUCCUCAGCGACGACACCUAUGAUGACUCCCAGUUGGAUUCGGUCUUCAAUGAGCAGACGUGUCGCAGAAACAUGAGGGUGUCGCGCUCAGGUCGCUUCAAGGAGAAGAGGAGGGUGCGCUCCAGCCUUCCUAUUGAGCAGAAAGACUCAGACCAGACGACAGCCGGGAAAGAGGACUCACGGUUAUCGGGAGGAGGAAAGGGAGGUGAUAGAAUGUGAUGAUGAUCAAAGACUGCUUUAUGAUUAUGCUUGAAGAGAAUAAGAGGGAUUACAAUACAUGAAGGUUGCCUUAUAUGCUUGAACUAUAUUAAGAAGAUAACAAAGACCAUUCUGGCCUUUCAGCCCAUGUUCUGUUUAAAUAACAGAAGAAGCAUCUUUAAGACACUUAAGACAUUCAAAUGCAGCUGUUUUUAAAUGUUGCAUGGACUUGUGAACGAGGGCCAUGGUAACAAAUCUAAAGUGACUUGAUAAUGAAUUCUGCAUGAUUGUUGAACCAUUGUGCACAUAAAUGCAGUAACACGCACUUCAUAUCCCACAGUGCUCCUGUUUUGGUCAUGGGCACUGUCAUCAUCAUCAUCAUCGGACAACAGAUUAACACUCACCAGGCCUCUCUUAGGAGAGCAACAGUCAGCUAAUUAAGGACGCCAGAUUCUGUCAAUGCACAUGGCAAAGUGUGAUAUACUUCAGGAAAUUAUUGCUCUAGAUGUUUACAUUAUUUGUGUAAUAUAUGGUUAAUAAUGAAGGAUAAGUCUAUAAUGUUUAUUUUAUGGUACUUCACAAAAAUGUCUUGAUUCUGACGGGUUUGAAGGAUGCUUAUAACCAUGUAAAUGAUUUUGUUAUUAUGUGUAGAAAAAUCAGUCAGUGGGAUAAAUUACAGAAAACUCAUGAGAAGUUUUUAGUCACAUACACACAUGCACAAAGUAUGAGAAGAAGUGAAUUCUUGCCAGCUAAAUGCCUAAAUGACACUGUACAUGCCAUGAAUGAAGGAUGGGAUCCUUGCAUGUGUUACAACAUACUGGGUGACCUCAUGAAAAAUAUUUAAAAAAGCAAUGACAUUGAAGUUUGAAGUGAAUUUUGCAAUAUUCAACCGUAUAAUGACUCAAAUAUGGAAAGAAAUAUGGCCGAGUCACUAAGGAAGUGUGGAUCCAGCUACUGAUGUCGUUUUCUUUAU